CUUGAACCUGAUUGGUCCGUUUCGAACUCAGACCGCGGCGGUGUGUUGUUUUGUUUAGUUAGCUUAACGUUAGUUAGCACACAACAGAACAUCCUUCUGCCUGUGCACUUAAUGUCCCAAAUACAACUAUCAGGAUGAUGGAUUCAUGCCUGAGCGACAAAGACAAACAGGUUGAAGAUUUGAAGAGAUAUCUCUCAUCAGAGUUCAGCACCUUACCAGACUCACAGCAUUCGAACAUCGAGGACAGAGAACACCUACAGGUCUACCUCCGUAUCCGGCCCUUUUCCUCAGCAGAGAGUAAUAAUGGAGAGUCGCAGGACUGUGUUACCAUCGAGCCCCCUGACACUGUUCUUCUUAAGCCUCCCGGCUUGUCCCUCUCAGCGCGGCUCAGCACUGACAAAUCCUUUCUACAGACUGGGCAGCGCUUUCAGUUCUCUCAGGUGUAUGGUCCUGAGACAACGCAGAGAGAGCUGUUUGAAGGCACAGUAAAAGAUUUAGUGAAAGAUGUUUUCGAAGGGGGAAACUCGCUGGUUUUCACAUAUGGAGUCACCAACGCUGGGAAGACCUUCACAUUCUUAGGUCCUGAUGCCGAUGCUGGUAUCCUGCCCAGGUCUCUCGACGUCAUUUUCAGCAGUAUUGAUGAACAGGUUUUCAGCGGGAUGAGCAUCAAACCUCACCGCAGCCGAGAGUUCAUAAGGCUCACCAGGGAGCAGCAGGCUGAGGAAGCAGUGUUCAAGAGAAACCUCUUCAGACAACUUAAAGAGAGCGAGAAGAGCAAUGCCGGCCCGUUGAACUCAACCAAUAAGACUCUCCUUGAAGGCCCCUCUAUGCUGCAGACGACUGCAGCAGCAGAGGACAAAAUCAGCCUGGAGGUGGAAGCGCUAACAAAGUUCUCUGUGUGGGUUUCUUUCUGUGAAAUCUACAAUGAAAACAUUCACGACCUCCUGGAGGUGGUGCCCAGCGGGGCCCCGAGGAGGACUGCACUGCGCCUGUCACAGGACGUCAAGGGCAACGCCUUUGUGAAAGAUCUGCGUUGGGUUCAGGUAAAUAGUGCGGAAGAGGCUAACAAGGUGAUGAAGCUGGGCAAGAAGAACCAGAGCUUCUCCUCCACCCGGCUCAACCAGCUCUCCAGCAGGAGUCACAGUAUUUUCUCCAUUCGCAUAUUGAGGAUUGAGGAUAGUGGGACUCCGAGGGUCCAAGCAGUCAGCGAGUUGUGUCUGUGUGACCUGGCUGGCUCGGAGCGAUGCGCCAAGACUCAGAAUAAAGGAGAGCGUCUGAAAGAAGCUGGAAACAUCAACACCUCACUGCUCAUCCUGGGAAAAUGCAUCAACGCACUACGACACAAUCAGCAGGCCAAGCUGCUCCAGCAUGUUCCCUUCAGGGAAAGCAAGCUGACCCACUACCUGCAGGGCUUCUUCUGUGGUCGAGGUAAAGCCUGCAUGAUCGUCAACAUCAACCAGUGUGCCUCCAUGUACGACGAGACUCUCAACGUCCUCAAAUUCUCUGCUGUGGCUCAGAAGGUUGUGGUUCUAUCCACCAGGCCUCUUCCCAUCAUGUCCCAGAGGUCCACCAGUGAUGUAUCCUUCGCUCUUCGGUGCAACAGGAGGAGCUCCCUGAUUGGCUAUGAUAGUAGCCUGGAGGAUGUACAGGAGGAUGAAGAUGAUGAGUGUGAGGAAGAAAAGAGCCUGAUGGAGGAUACAAUGGAUCAGACCUGCAAUGAAGAAGACAGCGAUGAACACGAUAAUGAUAAAAUUCUCAUCGGUAGAAAGAUGCACCAGCGGCAGGUGGCGCUGUUGAGACAGCUGCAGCUACAGCUGAAGAAGGAGCGAGCGGAGAGCCUGCUCAUGGAGGCGCGAGUCAGAGAAGAAAUCAGCAGAGAGUUCUCAGAGCUCUUCUCUGAGAUGCAGAAUGACUACAAUGACCGCCUGGCGAGGGAGAGAGAAAUCUUAGAGGAGCGAGCAGAAAGGAGAAUGGAGAUCUUCAAGAACCUCAUUGACAAAAUGUCCACCACUGGACCCAGUCCAGAUGCACAAGCCAUGGACAAAUCUCUGGACUGCUCUGAAUUGGCAGGCAUAAAGAAAGCCACUGAGGCUGCUCAUAAAUGUCUGGGUUCAGGCCGAACGGCGGCUCAGGGAGACAUAAGAGACGCUGUAGAGGAGCUGGAGAGGAAGGUGUUGGAAAUGAAUGAGCACCAACAGAAAGUCCAGCAGCCGAUGGCUCACAAACACAAUGGUGAAGCCAGCGGAGUAGAGGAAGAGGAGAAGAGGAGGCUUCUCUUUCAGCUCCAGGAGGAGUCGUCAGAGGUUGCUCGGCUGGAGAAACAAGUGGGAGACCUGCGGAGGGUGGCAGAGCUGGGCUCGCAAAGUCGCUCCAUGCUGGUCGAGGAGGAGAGCUCACGUGAGAGAGAACGGCUGCAGGAGGUGGUGGCUGCCCUUGAGAAGGAGAAAGAAGGCGCCCUCGCUGCCUUGGAGUACCAGACUAUGGGAAAAGAGGAGGCGCUGGCCUCCUUAGAGGAGGAAAGGAAAGCAAGGGAGGAGGCCCUUGCCACACUAAAGGAGCUGCAGCAAAGCAAAGAGGAGAUUCUAGCAUCCCUUAAAGAAGAGAGAAAAGGCAACGAGAAAGCCAAGGCAGCCCUAGAAACUGAGAGGAGAGCCAAGGAGGAUGCGAUUGCCGCUCUUUCAGAAGAGAAACAAAGCAGGGAGGAUGUACUUGCUACUCUUGUUGAAGAGAGGAGAAGCAAAGAGGAGGCUCAGUCUGCUCUGGAGGUGGAGAGGAAGGAGAUGAGCAGGCUGGUUGAGGAGAGAGAAAAGAGGCAACAGGAGGGUGAUGCUCUUCGACGAGAAGUCAAAGAGCUGACUGCCAAACUGGAAGCCACAGUGCAGCAGGUGACCAGCGAGACGGAGAGAGCUGAACAAGCGUUAGUCCGGCUACAAACUGCUCAGGCACAACUGGACGAACGCUCCAAGGAGAUCCAGGAGAAAACUUCCCACAUCCUCGCCCUGACGCAGGAAGUUCAAAGCCUGAAACGGGAACUACAGACUUCAGCAGUAUCUUCUGGUUGUGUCAAUGAUCAGCUUAGAGAGGAAGUCUCAGAGCUUCGGAAGAAUGUGACCGAGGAAAAGGAGAAAAAUGAGAGCAAGCACAGACAAAUGCUGGAGCUGGAGCACAAGCUAGAGCAGGCAAACGAACAGUUGGCACACAAACGGCUGAUCUCCGACCAGCAGCUGGAACAGUUCACUGAGAAGCUGAACCAACAAGAUGCAGCUUCAAAACAGCAAGUUGAAGAGCUGAAAAAGAAGCUUCGGGAGCAAGAAGAGAAAUCACAGCAGCCACUGGAUGAGCUCACAUCCAGGCACGAAUCCCAAGAACGUGCUGCCAAAGAAGAAGUGGAACAGCUGAGAGCCAAACUCGAGGAACAAACGCAGGCCUCCAAAAAGCAGGUAGAGGAGCUCAAUGAGAAGCUGCGAGAACAAGAAGCCAUAUCACAACAGCAGCUGGAGGAGUUAAAACACAAACUGAGUGAGCAAAAGGAAACCUCCGGCAAACUUUUAGAUGAUCUCAAGCAAAAUCUCAGUGAUCAGGAGAGAACUGCAGAGCUCCUCAAGGUCGAACUAGAAGAAGCUAGGUUUAAAGGUUCAAGCUGUUCCUGUUGCUCUGCUGCUGAAGAAGAUCUCAAGAGACUGAACUCCGAUCUCCAAACUGAGAUCGCGACCCUGAGGGCAAAGGUUUCCAGCGUGGAAAACACGGAGUCGUCUCAGCUAGCCUCUUCAGAGAUGGAGAGAAUGCUAAAAGAAAAGGACAGACAGGUGGAGGAGAAGCUGGCAGAGGUGGAGAAAGCGUCUGCAGAGAGAGAGGCAGAGUUGCAGAAAAAGCUGCUGGAAAAGGAGGCACAGGUGAAUUCCCUGCAGAGGAGCCUGAAGGAGGCGCAGGAGCGGCGGGAGGAGGAGGAGACCCAAGCCGUCCAGGCGGCCCGGACCAGGGAGGUGGAAAGGCGCAGAGAGCUGCUGGCUGUGGCGCAUGAGGCCAUCGCUCAGAAAGAUGCAGAGCUGGAAGAGAAAGCAGAGAUCAUCAGCAGACUAAAGGAAAAUGCCAAGCAGGAGUCUGAGAAAGUCAAGAGCCUCAGCCUCGACCUUCAGAGGAAAGAGGACGACACUUCAGACCUCAGAGAGAAACUAGCCGACUACAAGAAGCAGAUCCAGCAGGUCCAAAAAGAGAUUUCGUCCAUGAGAGAAGAGGAAAAGGCUUUAAAACAGAAGGUGGCUGACACGGAGAAAGCCAAGAAGCAGCUUCAGUCUGACCUCACCAACAGAGACAGAACCAUCCAGCAACUCAAAACGGAACAAUCCUCUGACGCCAAGUCUGACCAGACACUCCAGCUCUACCAGAAGGCCUGUAAAGAACUUGAAACCAAGGAGCGCGUGAUGGAGGACAUGCGUUUGGCUCUGACGGAGCAGGAGGAGACGCAGGAGCAGAUGGAGCAGGCCUUGGAGGAGAAACUUAACCUCAUCCAGGAGCUCUCCAGCGAGGUGGAGAAGUUGAAAGGGGUGCUGUUGCAGCAGAAUUGCGGAAGCAACGCCCACCGUCAGGUCAACAGCCCGUCAGAUGACCUCAAACUGGCCCAACAGGAAGCUGCCCAGGUUCAGGAAAGCUUGAAGCUGUGUACAGAGAAACAUCAGGCCGAACGCAAAAAGUGGCUGGAAGAGAAGCUGUCCCUGAUCGGCCAAGCUAAAGAGGCUGAGGACAAGAGGAACCAGGAAAUGAGGAAGUUUGUGGAAGACCGAGAACGCUACACUCGGCAGCAGAGCCAGUUGGAGUCCUUGUCGUCCCAGCUGGCUGAAAAGGAGCAGGCCAUGGAGAAGUGGAGGAAGGAGAGAGACACUCUGGUAGCAGCUUUGGAGGUCCAGCUACAGAAGCUUCUCUCCAGCCAAGCAGAGAAAGACAAACUCAUCCAACAGCUGCGCCAAAAUAACACACAACUACCACAAGAGAGUGGUGAUGUUGGUGUCAGCGUAGCGGAGCUGCAGGCUACUCUGUCUCAGAGGGAGGCAGAGAUUCUACAACUGAAGGAGGAGCUCAGGGCCUCAGCAGUCCAACAGGGGGAACCGGUCACACAGACUAAAAGCAAUGAAAGCCCUGCUACAUUGGCUGCGAAACCCCAGAGUAAAACCAUUAACAGGAAGUCUGGAAGAAGGAGGGAUACCAGAGCGUCAGUCAGCAGUCAGGGCUCAGCUGGAUACCCGUCAGUGCUCGACUCCUCUGAGAUUUCCACAGAGAACGGCAGGACGAGCCGCUUCCCCCGGCCCGAGCUGGAGAUCUCCUUCAGCCCUCUGCAGCCAAACCGCAUGGCUCUGCGACGGCAGGGAGAGGAGAACGCCGUCACCGUCAAAAUCAGCCGCUCCGCACGCAAGAGGAAGAGUGGAGAGAUGGAGAAGUCUCAUAUUUUCAGAAGGAGUAAACGACGAACACCAAAGGAAGAGAUGGAGGCAGAGAACAGAAGGAACACGCGGACCAAACUGACGCCAAAGCUGACCCCACACCAAGAGGAGAUCUCUUCCCCAGCAGGUCGCCAUGACUCCCAGAGCAGCAUCCGCAGCAGAAAGGAAGGAACACUGCAGAAGAUCGGAGACUUCCUGCAGAGCUCCCCCACGCUGCUAGGCACUAAAGCCAAGAAGAUGAUGAGUCUGGUGAGCGGUCGGGGCGAUGCAGAGUCAGCAGCCUCCUCUUCCUCCCUAAGUCUGAGAGCCAAGAAGAACAAAAGGAAACUCUACAGACCUGAAAUCUCGUCCCCCAUGGACAUGCCCUCACACCCAGUAAGACUGGCACUUUUUUUAUCAUCAGCAGAGAGCCAGAGGAGAAAGAGAGCGACCAUCAGAUCAUUAAGAGGUGCCUUCGCUCCAGGAGGGCUAAAUAAUUAGCCUUCAUAUAGCACUGUACACCAUUUUUUUGUUUAAUCUUAACAAAUGAAGGAAGCAUUCAGAUGCUUAGAAGUAGGGACCAUUUUUCUACCACAAGGGCUGGGAAGUGAAAAUGUAUAUCGUAGAGACAUAUCUAGGUAAUCUUAUUUAAUUUAAAUCCUAUUCUUUAAUAAUUAACAAAGUCAAUUCAGUUCAAAUAACUAAGUUAGAUUAAAAGAUCAAUGCCGGUCUGCUCGGUACGAAGCUAGAGCCAGGAAGCAAUUAGCUCCGAUUAGCAUAGAGACUGGGCGAUCGUGGGAAACAGAAUACACCUCCCAGCAACUCUGAAGCUCACUAACAAGUUGUAUCUUUGUUUAAUCCACACCAACUUAAAUACAACAGUCUGUGAUGUAUUUAUUGACAGCAACAGUUUAUCCAUUCUCCAAGUACUUUCAUGCAGCAGGCGAGCAGCUUCCUGCCGCCUCCAGUCUUAAUGCACAGACAUGAUGGUAUCGACCUUGUUCUCAAACUCUGCAAAAGAGCACAUAAGCACGUUUCCCAAAAUGUGUACUAAUAUUUAAUCCAAUCAACGUUCGGCUGGUAGAAAGUAUAGACUUCUCACUCAGCUUCUUUUAUUAUUAUUUUUAUUUAAUCCACAUUUACCAUCAGAUGACUCCAGGGUCACUGCAUAUAUUUUAAGUAGUAAGCACUCUAAAUUUGUAUAUCUAUUUUUUUUUCUUUACUUUGAUGUGCAAUGUUUUUUUAUUGAAAUUUCUGGGCUGUGCUGGAGAUUGGUUGGGAUGUUUUGUAUUGUUUAUUUUACUGUGUAUUUUUACUUUUUAUGAGUAAGCUCUGCAAAACCUCUGCAACGUUAUCCUGUUUGUAAAAAAGGCGGACGCAACAGAAACAUCUUUUAAUAUCGUUUAGUGAAAGCAAAAUCAACAAAGCUGCUGAAAAUGCCUCGUAUUGUUCUACAUAACUUUCCCCACAUUUUGUGUCUGCACUUUAUCUUUUACCUCACAAAUUAAUUAAAAACGGAACAAAAUUUGACACUAAGGCUAGAUAAGGAUAAACUACUAAUGGUUCUUUCUGUGUACUCGUUCCUCCUUCACGCAGUCUUUUAGCAAUUGGUAGGGGUUCUUUAGGACUGGUGAUGUUCUCUUUAGGUCACUGUAUUCUCUUCUAGAUGAAGGUUUGCUGAGUAUUUUUCUUUUGUACAGUAAAAUUUAGUUAAAGCUGCCUGAGUUUAAUUCCUGAUACUGUGCAAUUUUCACCAACUCAAACAUAAAUUUCUGUCAUUGCAUCAUGUUUAUUCUACUUCUUUGUACCUACGUUCCAGAGUUCAUAUCAAUCAUUUACCAAUUAAAAAUACAAAACAUUUGUUUCUCAAAUAUGGAAA